CAAGCAGACGACUGAGCUGGUGAAACAGUUCGAGUUCGCACGCUUGUGACGCUUCGCAGUUCCGUUUUCGAUUUUCAUCCGUUCAGUCAUAUCCGAUAGCUGUCUACACUUUUUCUUUACUUUGUUCAACGAUUUGGAAAUCACAAUGAAUCCCUGGGUGGAGAUAUUUGGAGCUGUAACAUCUCAAGAAAACGAAAAACUCCUGCCUGAAAACAUUACUCUGACUGAAAAUGCCUCAUUUACUCACAGCUCUACGACAAGUGCCUGUCUUGAUUUUUUCUUUGAAGUAAUGCAAAGAAGUCAGAGUGCUCAAAUUCUAGAGACUCUGAAGAAGUCUUGGGAUGAAGACCCACUUAUUUCACUGAAGUUGAUUUUUCAGCUAAGGGAUAUCCGUUCAGGAAAAGGGGCAGUCAUUGAAUUUCAUCACUGUCUCAUUUGGCUUUUUCACAACCAUCCUCAAACAUUGCUCUAUAAUCUCGAACAUAUCCCCAAACAUGGCUACUGGAAAGAUCUCUCUUGGUUUGUGCAAUUUCUGUUGGAGGGGCAUACUUCCAUGACCAAGGAACGUCAGAAACCCAUUAGCACUGAAGAAACAAGAAUUGAGCAAGCAAAUGUUAAUUAUUCGCUGGAAGAAAUUAUCAGAAAACGGGUGGAUGGCGUGGUUGAGAAAAUCACAUGGAAACGCUAUCUGAAACAAUUGCCUAAUGAUGAAUCAAGGAAAAGUGCUAAGCUAAAGUUCACGGAACUGUCUAAAGCCAUCCAUCUAGCAAGAAGCAGAGAAGCCAAGAUGAAAAAGAAAUCGGUUAAAGCUCUCUCAGCGGUCAAACUUUUGAACUUCAAGACCCUCCAUCAACAUUUCCCUGCUGUUUACAACAAGAUUGUGAACCUAUUUGCAUCUACUCUGAAACAUGACAAAGAGGCUCUCGAAAAGGACAAAUGUCUGCCAAAGACUGCUUUAGCGGGAAAAUGGGCUCCCGCUAUUGGAGGUUCCAUCGAUUCUGUUACUUCACUUGGAAAAAACAUCGCUCGUGCAUUAUAUUCCAUGGCACACCAACGUGAUGCAAACGAAACUGAUUCAGAUUACGACACGAAAGCCUACAUUUACUACCGCAAAGAAUUCCUGACGCCAUUGAGAACUUCAAUCAACGUCCCCGAGCAAACAAUGUCAAAAAAGAAAUGGGGUGAACUCGACUAUCAAAGAGUUCCAUCAAUCUGCAUGAAAAGAAAUAAGGAGCACUUUUUGAAGAACGAUGCCGAGCGAUUCAACCAAUAUCUCGAAGAUGUCAAGUCUGGAAAAAAGAGUAUUGCAUCUGGAGCUCUACUUCCCCACGAAAUCGUUAAACAGUUCAUGGAGUUACCUUCACUGCCCGAAGAAAUUAUGACAGUAGGAGAACUUCAGUGGAAAAGUUACGUCGAGAAUUUGAAAAAAUCUGGUUUGUUUCAAAGCUGUUUAUCUGUCUGCGAUGUUUCCGGAUCUAUGAGUGGAACCCCAAUGGAAGCCGCUAUAGCGCUGUCUCUUCUUACAGCCGAGCUAUCGAAGCCUCCAUUCAACAGUCACAUCUGCAGUUUUUCGUCUAAACCUUUCCUUCAGAAGAUAGAUCAGCCCACUCUCGCAGAAAAAGUUGCGUCAGUCAUGAAAAUGGAUGUGGGAAUGAGCACCAACGUACAGGCAGUUUUCGACCUCAUUCUAAAAUUGGCAAUCAGCGUUAAACUUGCACCUUCAGAAAUGGUGAAAACACUGUUCAUCUUCUCGGAUAUGGAAUUUGACCAAUGUGGAGGAAGAAAAUACGAGACUGACUACCAGUUGAUCAAGAGAAAAUUUGAGCAAGCCGGUUAUCCGCUUCCAUCCAUUGUAUUCUGGAACCUUCGAGGAGAUGGCAAGCGUUCAAAGCCAGUUACAAAAGACGAAAAGAACGUCGCUCUCGUCUCUGGUUUCUCUGGACAAAUGCUGAAAACGUUUCUGGAAAGCGGAAAGAUCGAUUCACCUUAUUUAGCUAUGCUUAAAUCACUUGGAACCACUUACGAUCAUUUGAAAGUGAUUGACUAAUGCAAACGUUCACUCUGUUUUUGAUGCAAGAAAUGACUUUUAAAGCCAUACUCUUCUUCUUAAAUUGAGAUUACCCUUUCAAAAUUGUUCUUAAUGUUAUGUUCUGCGUUUGAUGUGGAAGUUACGAGUUUUUAGUCCUUUCUAAUUUCCAACUUCCCUAAUCUCCAACUUCUCCUAAUCUAGUAGCGUCAAGUCAACAAUGGAUUCUUCAUCUGAUCCUGAUGGUUGAUGCCAUUUCGUUUGAUUUCAAUGCUGUUUAACUCUUUAAGUCUUGUCAUUGCCUCUUGUCUUGUGACAUUGCGCAAAUAAAUUCUUCUUAAAUUCAGA